AUCCUCAUUUGUUCACCUAAAAAUAACUCCAGACCACUAGACACAUUUUUUCGAAACCCGUGCAUCUCGGUACCUGAUACUGAAACUCAAAGCUCUGUAAAUGGUGUUGCUCAAGGAUAUAUAAGAGAGAGGGGGAAAGGGACUUCUGCAUUCACUCAAGUCCGCCUUGGUUUUCACUCUCCUCAACGCAGCGCAAAGCUCACUAAGAAUAAAAAAUGGCCUUCUCUGGUGUCCUCAACGAGGCUGAUGUGAAAGCUGCUCUUGACGGCUGCGCAGGAGCUGACUCCUUCGACUACAAGAAGUUCUUCCAGGCAUGCGGCCUGGCCAGCAAGUCUGCAGAUGAGGUCAAGAAAGCCUUUGCCAUCAUUGACCAGGACAACAGUGGCUUCAUUGAGGAGGAGGAGCUGAAGCUGUUCCUGCAGAACUUCUCCGCCGGCGCCAGGGCACUCACCGACAAGGAGACCAAGACCUUCCUCGCCGCCGGUGACAGUGACGGUGAUGGCAAAAUCGGAGUCGAUGAGUUUGCUGCUCUUGUAAAGGCAUAAAUUCCCACAGACCAACAUCCACUUCUUUUCAUGGAACUGCGAGCUCCUUGCAAGAUUCAUUAAUCGUCAGCUGAAAGAAUAUUUUUUAUACCUUAUUUAUGAGUUGCCUGCGGACUAUUUCUCAACAUGGAAAACAUAUUUUACUGUGAAUAUCAUUCAAAUGUGUUAUAUGUUCAGAAAUAAUGACUUGUGCAAAAACUGUACACCACUCUUUUGCACUUGUGAGGAAGAGUGAAAAACCAGGAAUAAAUACUCAUUUGGUGUGAAAGUG